GGUGCACCACGUGUUUCCGGCGAGGGCUGUCAGCUGACAGCGCUACACACGUGUGUGUGUGUGUCUGUGUGUGUUGUCCGUGUGUUGUCCGUGUGUGUCGCCCGUGUGUCCGUGGCGAUGUCGCCGACUCUGACCCCGCCCGUGCUGUGGGCGCAGCGCCACGACUCGGUGUCCCUCAAGGUGGACCUCAAGGAGGUGUCGGAACAUGAAGUGGAGUGCAGGGGCAAGACGAUCGUCUUCAAAGGCUACGGCUACGGCGCCCAGGGCCAGAACCGCUACGGGUUCUCGCUGGAGCUGCUGGAGGCGGUGGAGACGCCGGCGGCGAGCGUGCGCGUCACGCAGCGCGAGGUCGCCAUCACGCUGCGCAAGGCCGCGCCGGCCUGGUGGGCGCGCCUCACCAGCGCCGAGCGGCGCCCCAACUUUGUGAUGCCCGACUUCGACCGCUGGAUGGACGAGUCCGACGCCGAGGAGGAGCUGCGGCUCGAGGAGAUGAAGAAUAUCGGGAAGGUCACCGUGGAGUCGCGCGUCCGCAAACACCCGCUCCUCCACGUGCACCGCGGCUACCUCUUCGUCUACAACUUGGUGCAGCUGCUGGGCUUCGCCUACGUGCUCGUCAGCCUCUACGUGCCGCUGCUACUGGGACACGAGUUCUGGGGCUCGGCGCUCAAGGACGCCCACAAGGUGCUGCGCUUCUGCCAGGUGCUCGCCCUGCUGGAGGUCGUCCACCCGCUCGCCGGCCUCGUCUCCGCCGCGCUCAUCCCCACCGCGCUGCAGGUGCUGGGCCGGGGCUUCAUGCUGUUUGUGGUGAUCGGGAUGCACGAGCGCCUGAGCGCCACCAACGCCGCCUUCGCCGUCUACUACCUGUGGAGCGCCAUCGAGGUGUUUCGGUACGCGCCCACACCGCUUCUAUGUCCCUCCCCCCCCGAUCCCCUGCAACCCCACGCGGCAGGCAACGCCCUCUGCACCAUCAAGUCGAAGGACAAAGUCAAGGUGCUGACCUUCCGCGGCACGGCGUUCGAGGCGGCGGAGGCCCAGGGCGGAUCGGCCACGGAGGAGGCAGCGGCCUCCGCGCCGACGGCCGCCGGAGUGUCGCAGUGGCUGGAGCAGAGCCUGACCAAGAGCGACCGGCCGGAGCUCACCAGCGCCAAGGUGGUCAUCUCCGGAGGCCGCGGGCUCAAGAACGGCGAGAACUUCAAGCUGCUGUACGACCUGGCGGACAAGAUGCACGCCGCCGUGGGAGCGUCGCGCGCCGCCGUGGACGCUGGCUUUGUGCCCAACGACUUGCAGGUCGGCCAGACGGGCAAGAUGGUCGCCCCGGAGCUGUACAUCGCGGUGGGCAUCUCUGGCGCUAUCCAGCACUUGGCAGGAAUGAAGGACAGUAAGACCAUCGUUGCCAUCAACAAAGACCCAGAGGCGCCGAUUUUCCAGGUGGCCGACUUUGGUAUCGUGGCCGACCUCUUCAAGGUUGUGCCGGAGAUGACCGCGCUGCUGGAGACAAAGUGAAGAGAGGCAGAUUGCCCCGGGGGCGUGGUGCGGCUGGUGCCGCUGGCGCUGCUUGUGCCGUCGCCGGGGUGACCCGCCGAAUGUCGCUCGCCACUUUUCCCGCCCGUUCACCCUUGAUCAUUUUGCUGUUGUUACGUUGGCAGUGUAGUGGCGUCUUCGGGCAGAGAUUUCGGGGGUAACAGAGACACUCGCAGACUCGCACAGACUCACACAGACACGCACAGACUCACACAGAUUCACACAGACACACACAGACUCACACAGACACACACAGACACCCACAGACUCGCACAGACUCACACAGACACUCACACAGAUACCCACAGACUCACACACAGACUCACACAGACACCCACAGACUCACACACAGACUCACACAGACUCACAUAGAGACCCACAGACUCGCACAGACACCCACAGACUCACAGAGACACCCACAGACUCGCACAGACACCCACAGACUCACACAGACACCCACAGACUCACACAGACUCACACAGACACCCACAGACACCCACAGACUCACACAGACACCUACAGACUCACACAGACACCCACAGACUCACAUAGACACGCACAGACACCCACAGACUCUGACAGACACCCACAGACUCACACAGACACCCACAGACUUGCACAGACACCCACAGACUCACAUAGAGACCCACAGACUCGCACAGACACCCACAGACUUGCACAGACACCCACAGACUCACAGAGACACCCACAGACUCGCACAGACACCCACAGACUCGCACAGACACCCACAGAUUCACACAGACACCCGCAGACUCACAUGGAGACCCAAUGAGAAACUGAAAAGUGCUGGCAGUGGCUUCAUUGUCAGCACUUUCUCCGUCAGUCGCGUAUACGCACGUCCCGUGCAGCUUCCCAGUAGACAGACCGGAUGAGUGGUCAUCAUCGUCAUCAUCGUCAUCAUGGUCAUCAUCAUGGUCAUCGUCGUCGUCAUCGUCGACAACAUCAUCGUAGCCGCCACCAGCAUCGCCGUAAUCGUAGAAAAAUGAAUCCCCGACAUCGUGCGCCACAGCCACCGUCACAGGCAAUCGCCAUCGUCACCUUCGGUCGUCGUCGUCGUCAUCUUCGUCGGAUUCUUCAGUUGGCGGCCCCGGCGGGUGGUGUUGGCGCGGCUGGCAGGACGCGCCGUGUUUGGCGUGGAUUGGUGGUGGGAGCACUUGUGCCUCACUCGGUAUGUUUGUACGGUCCCGGCACACGCGCAGACACUCGCAGGUCAAUAAAGAUUUGAUUACCACUG